AUCACUCUCUUUCAAUCAGAUCCCAACCUCGAGACCCCAGCAUAGUCGAUCUCAUCUGAUAGAUACCUGCCUGUUUGACCACACAUCAUGUCCGCUCCUGCGCCCGAUCCACCCAACCCAAACUCGAACGAAGCUCCGAAACCUGAAGACUCGUCAUCCUCGACAACACCUGCCGCACCGACCGAUGACGAUGUACAGAUGAAGGACGAGCCGGAGAAGGCUGAAGAAGAGGUGAAGGAGCCCGAGGACAAGUAUGAGGACAUUCCGGAUCAUGUGAUGAGCCAAGAUCCGGAUGGGAUCCGAUUACAGACCCGGUUGAUCGACAACGAAGUCAAGAUGAUGCGCCAAGAGAACCUCCGUCUCCUACACGAACAGAACCAGAUGAAGGAAAAGAUCGCCGAGAAUGCGCAAAAGAUCAAGCAGAACAAGGUCUUGCCGUACUUGGUCGGGAACGUCGUCGAGAUCCUGGACGUGCCGGACGAAUCGACCUCGGAACAAGGCGCCGCUCAAAACACCUCGACGUCCACGGCGCCCAAUUCGAAAUGCGCCGUCAUCAAGACGUCUUCCCGACAGACCGUCUUUUUGCCGAUGAUCGGGUUGGUACCCGCGGACAAGCUCAAACCGAGCGAUCUGAUCGGGGUGAAUAAGGAUAGUUAUUUGGUCUUGGAUACUCUGCCUGCAGAAUACGACUCGAGAGUCAAGGCGAUGGAGGUGGACGAGAAGCCGACGGAUACUUAUACGGAUAUCGGAGGGUUGGACAAGCAGAUCGAAGAGCUGGUCGAGGCCAUCGUACUGCCAAUGCAACAGUCCGAAAAGUUCAAAAAGCUCGGGAUCAGGCCGCCCAAGGGUUGUCUCAUGUACGGUCCUCCGGGGACAGGGAAGACGCUGCUGGCGAGGGCUUGUGCGGCGCAGACGAAUGCUUGUUAUUUGAAACUGGCCGGUCCUUCGUUGGUCCAGAUGUUUAUCGGAGACGGAGCCAAGCUCAUCAGGGACGCGUUCGAGCUCGCCAAGGAAAAGGCCCCGGCCAUCAUCUUUAUCGACGAGUUGGACGCCAUCGGGACCAAGAGGUUCGAUUCGGACAAGAGCGGAGAUAGAGAAGUACAGAGGACCAUGUUGGAAUUGCUCAACCAGUUGGAUGGAUUUAGUAGUGAUGAGCGGAUCAAGGUCAUCGCGGCGACGAACCGAAUCGAUAUUCUCGACCCGGCGCUCCUCCGAUCAGGUCGACUGGAUAGAAAGAUCGAGUUCCCCUUGCCGAACGAGGAGGCUCGGGCGAGGAUCAUGCAGAUUCAUGCGAGGAAGAUGACUGUUAGCCCGAAAGUGAACUUUGAAGAAUUGGCCAGGUCGACGGACGAGUUUAACGGAGCGCAACUGAAAGCGGUGUGUGUCGAGGCCGGGAUGAUCGCACUACGGGAAGGAUCGAAAGAGCUUUCGCACGAGCAUUUCCAUGGUGGAAUCUUGGAGGUGGCAUCGAAGAAAAAGUCGGACCACUUCUACUUUGCAUAAUUCUCUCACUUUCAAUCCCUCCUACUCGCCUGCUGGGCGAAACGCAAUCUCAUGUAACGAAACGACCGGCUUCCUAUCUCCAUCGGGCCCAAACGUGCCACGAUCUUCUCAUUGUAUUACUUUUUGCUUCGGCCGAUCUCAUCAUGACCCACAG